ACUUUAUUUUCCUGUACAACACUAAUACUCCUCUAUAAGUUCAUGGAAGUUGAAGUCUCUGUUUUACUAAAGCCUUAAACUACAUUAUUAUUUCCUCAAGUUCUAAAUAAACUAUAGUUGCACUAUAUUAUUAAAGUUUUCUAUUUAACUUCAUGGAUGCAGUGAAUAGAUUAGGAGCAGAAAGCCCAGUGGUGAUAUUCAGCAAGAGCAAUUGUUGCAUGUCUCACACUAUUGAAACCCUAAUUCGUAAUUUCGGGGCGAAUCCAACGGUGUAUAAACUUGAUGAACUUGAGAAAGGAAAGAAGAUGGAGAAAGCAUUGAUUGAAAUGGGUUGCAAUCCAAGCACUCCAGCUAUAUUUAUUGGGAAAGAGUUUGUUGGUGGUUCUGAUGAAGUGAUGAGUCUCAAUGUUAAAGGCAAGUUGAAGGAAUUGCUCAUUGAGGCUAAUGCUAUUUGGGUAUAAUCUAUAGACUAGAACUAUGAGUAGUAUUUACACAUGCAGUAAAAAAAGUGUUGUUUUUUUUUUCCGAUAUUAGUGUGCUAAAUAAUGAUUUUUUUCUCCUCAAAGAUGAUGUGAUAUAUAUAUAUCUAUCAAUCAAUAAAUAGUGUCUACUUUUACCAUCAAGAAUUCCAAAAGAUCUUCAAAUGGACUUGUUUUCUUA